CAGAGCGCGCGGGGCGGAACGAAGAGGGCCGGAAGCGAGGUGCCGAUUUGAAGGCGGUGGCGGGAGGAGCCGGAGCUCGGGGAGGUGAAUUGGGAGGGAUCGGAAGCUCUCUCCCCCUCCCCCCUUAGUGCAACAGUUCCCUCCGGCCCGGGCGGGCGGGGCCUGCGCUUGGAGGAAUCUUGGAUUUCUUGAAACAAAGGAAAAGAACCCGGGAUAAGCUGUGAAAAGUCUCAACAUUUUAUUGAAUUUCUGGUGGAACAAAGAUAAAUUGGUGGAAAAUGCCAGCUGGGAAAGUGUUGCAGCCUGUACUAAAAAUGAAAGUGGAUGAACUGUUCUUAUGCUGGCUGAGCCAGCCUUCAACUCAGCUGAUGCUAAAAGAUUGGUUGAAAAGCAUCAAGAAUGAAGAGAAGAUUGAAAUUGGCAGUGGUGAUGCUGGGUACAAUGAACCUCUCAUUUUUGCAAAUAGAAACUCCAACUCCAAACGGAGUAUGUUAGAUAAUUUGAUAACUCCUUUGAUGCCUUCUAGUUCUCCUUAUCUUUCCACUGCUCUUCCACUGGGAACUUCAGCCAACCCAAGAAGCAUAUCUAAUAUUAGAGGAAUACGUAAAUCAACAGGAAGCAAAGUAGUUCAGACAAAGAAGGAAGAACCUUUGCCACCAGCACUUAGCCAAACCAUUCCAUCGUUUUAUUUUCCUCGGGGACUUCCAAAAGAAAAAGUGAAUAUAGAUGCUGUAAUUACUAAAAUAGAGAGGACUUUCUCGCAGUUUCCAAAUGAGAGAGCAACUUUAGAAGACAUGGGCAAAGUUGCAAAGGCAUGUGAAUGCCCAUUUUACUGGAAAGGUCCCUUGUUUUAUUGUGCUGGAGGUGAACGCACAGGACAUGUGUCGGUUCAUAAAUUUGUUGCGAUGUGGCGAAAAAUACUACAGACAUGUCAUGAUGAUGCUUCAAAAUUUGUUCAUCUUCUAAUGAACCCUGGAUGCAACUACUUGGUGCAAGAAGACUUCAUUCCAUUUUUACAAGAUGUGGUGAAUAGUCAUCCUGGCCUAUCAUUUUUAAAAGAAGCAUCUGAAUUUCAUUCUCGGUACAUUACUACAGUUAUACAGAGGAUAUUUUAUACAGUAAAUAGAUCCUGGUCUGGAAGAAUCACUUGUAAUGAGCUCCGGAAAAGCAACUUUUUGCAGAAUGUGGCAUUAUUGGAAGAGGAAGCGGAUAUUAACCAGCUGACAGACUACUUCUCUUAUGAGCACUUCUAUGUCAUAUAUUGCAAAUUUUGGGAGCUUGAUACAGACCAUGACCUCUACAUUGAUCGGAAGGAUUUAGCCCAGCAUAAUGAUCAUGCUAUAUCAAAUAGGAUGAUAGAGAGGAUAUUUUCAGGAGCAGUAACAAGGGGCAGAAAAACGCAGAAAGAAGGAAAAAUUAGCUAUGCUGAUUUUGUCUGGUUUUUGAUAUCUGAAGAAGACAAAAAGACUCCAACUAGCAUUGAAUACUGGUUUCGAUGCAUGGAUCUUGAUGGGGAUGGUGUACUGUCUAUGUAUGAACUGGAGUACUUCUAUGAAGAACAGUGCCAAAAGCUGGAUAACAUGACCAUUGAACCUCUACCUUUUGAAGAUUGCCUGUGCCAGAUGUUGGAUCUUGUGAAGCCACAAUGUGAAGGGAAAAUCACUCUCCAUGACUUAAAGAAGUGUAAGUUGGCAAAUGUCUUCUUUGAUACGUUUUUCAACAUUGAAAAAUACCUUGAUCAUGAGCAAAAGGAUCAGUUUUCUGUGUUGAGGGAUAGUGAUAAUGACAGCCAAGAGAUCUCUGACUGGGAAAAGUAUGCUGCUGAAGAGUAUGAUAUCCUUGUAGCAGAAGAGGCAGCUAGUGACCAGUGGAAUGAUGGGUAUGAUGCAGAACCAAGUCCUGUAGACCAUCAGAAGGCUAACGUCCUAAAAUUUCAGGUGGAUAAAAAGCCUUUCUUUGAGAUGCCUUCCCAUCUUGCUGAUGUAGACUUGGAUGAGUAUGACUAUGAAGAGGACUUUGAGUGACUGCAGUCAACAUUUGCAGAAGAAAAAAGGACAGUCUGCAGCAGGUCUGCCAAACACCUAUACAGAUUAUCAGUGUUUUUUGUUUCCUUAGUUCUUUGUGUUACAAAAUAUUAUUUAAUCAUUAUACUGCCUUUUAAAGAAAAUGACGUGCAUUUGUAUGGAAUGAUGAAAGUUUUUGUAUUUAUUCAAUAGUCUAUAGCUUGUAAAAUAGAUUAAAAUAUUUAUUUAUAGUUGUUGCAUAAUUUCUUAAUGGAAGAGUAAAGAUGUUUGAGUUCUUUAAAGUACUCCACGAUUUUUUUUUAAAAAGAUGAUUAUAUAAUUCUCUAGAGUUUUUAUGUAGUGCACUGAUCACCUCCAUCUUAUACCUGUGAAUGGAAGCAUCUGUUCUGGGAUGGAAAAUUAGGAGACUGUUUAGAUGACUUCCAGGGCUCUUUCUCCCAUGACAAAAAUCUAGAACUUGGCAAAGAAGAGGGGCAUGGCUUUGAGUCCAGUGAUUCAGCCUGUCAAGUAAUAGUGUACUCGGAAGUAACAAGCUGAAUAUAUUUGUGCAAUUGAUUAACUACUAAUGCCUGAUAUGAGCUGCUCCUCUUCAUGUCCACCCCUUUCAUUCUUCUUGACUUAAACUUUGCCUGUCCUUUCAUUGAUGUCCAAAACAAAAAAACAUUCUUUAAUGCUGAAUUCUAUUCAAGUAUUCAUGCUUGAUCCCAAAUCUGUCUGUUCUUCCAGACUGAAGGAACCAAUUUUUAAACCCUUUGUAUAAAUGUUACUUGAGUUGUGAUGUGCACUAACUUGUGGGCAUUCAGUGCUUUUGUCUGUUUCCUCCUCUUCGGUUGUUAGCUUAUUGACACAUUCCAUAGAAAUUCAGUGUCACAGCAGCUUGAAAUUGUUGCCUCACUUGCCUACAUGGGGCAAGAGAUUGCAAACAAAAAUGUUUUGUACAUUGUACAUGAAAACCUGUUUAAUACUAAAUAUUGCUGAAAACUUCCCAUAUCUAAAUUUUCACUUUUGCAUUUAUGUAUUCAGGGCACUACAACCUUAAGAUUUUUUGAAUAACAAAAAUAUUAACUUGUACAGUAAGCAGUGUAGAUCUGUUUUAAA